AAUCGCGUAAUGGCGGACGCGGGCCGGGCCAGCACGGCUGGGGGCGUAGCGCGCUGAGGGGGGUCUGGCUGUGUGGCAGCCCGCGAGGCGGCCCGCGAGAACAGACCCCGUGCGGAGAAGGGCGGUCGGCCAGCCCUUCUGUCGCUGAGGGCGACCGCGCGAGACCAGGUUGUUUUUCAUCAUUCAGAACAUUGCCUGAAGCAGGUCCACCAUGCCGUUAGUAACGAGGAACAUCGAGCCAAGGCACCUGUGCCGUCAGACGUUGCCUAGCGUUAGAAGCGAGCUGGAAUGCAUGACCAACAUCACCCUGGCAAAUGUCAUCCGACAGCUGGGCAGCCUGAGUAAAUAUGCCGAGGACAUUUUUGGAGAGCUCUUUACUCAGGCAAAUACUUUUGCCUCUCGGGUAAGCUCCCUUGCUGAGAGGGUCGACCGCCUACAAGUUAAAGUCACUCAGCUGGAUCCCAAGGAAGAAGAAGUGUCACUACAAGGAAUCAACACCCGAAAGGCCUUCAGAAGUUCUACUGUUCAAGACCAGAAGCUUUUUGACAGAAACUCUCUCCCCAUACCUGUCUUGGAAACAUACAACACCUGUGAUACUCCUCCACCUCUCAACAAUCUUACCCCUUACAGGGAUGAUGGGAAAGAGGCACUCAAAUUCUACACAGACCCUUCAUACUUCUUUGAUCUUUGGAAGGAGAAGAUGCUGCAGGACACCAAGGAUAUCAUGAAAGAGAAGAGAAAGCAUAGGAAAGAAAAGAAAGAUAAUCCAAAUCGAGGGAAUGUAAACCCACGUAAAAUCAAGACACGUAAGGAAGAGUGGGAGAAAAUGAAGAUGGGUCAAGAAUUUGUGGAAUCCAAAGAAAAGCUGGGGCCUUCCAGGUAUGUACCUGCCUCGGUGUACCAGAAUGGCAGCAUUGGCUCUGUUGAAAACAUGGAUGCAAGCAACUACCCACCACCACCACAGUCAGACUUCACUUCUCCACCUUCUCCUUCCUUCUCUGAGGACAGCUUGCCUCCUCCACCAGCAGAAUUCAGCUACCCAGCAGACAGUAACCAAAGAGGGUCUGGCUUAGCUGGACCCAAAAGAUCCAGUGUGGUCAGCCCAAGCCAUCCGCCACCAGCUCCUCCUCUGGGCUCCCCAGCAGGCCCCAGACCCGGGUUUGCUCCACCACCUGCCCCUCCACCUCCACCUCCGAUGACGAGCACUCCUCCCCCUCCGCCGCCUGGAGGGUUUGGGUCUCCAGGGACCCCCCCCCCACCUUCACCCCCAUCUUUCCCACCUCACCCCGAUUUUGCUGCCCCUCCACCUCCUCCCCCACCGCCGGCGGCUGACUACUCGAUUCUGCCACCACCUCCCUUGUCCCAGCCAGCAGGAGGAGCGCCUCCCCCUCCCCCGCCUCCUCCUCCCCCGGGUCCCCCUCCUCCCCCUCUCAGUGGUGCAGAUGGCCAGCCUGCUGCACCUCCGCCACCUUCUGACCCCGCCAAGCCCAAGUCCUCCUUGCCUCCUGUGAGUGAUGCCCGCAGUGACUUGCUUUCAGCCAUCCGUCAAGGCUUUCAGCUGCGCAGGGUUGAGGAGCAGCGGGAACAAGAGAAGCGGGAUGUUGUGGGCAACGACGUGGCCACCAUCUUGUCGCGUCGCAUUGCUGUGGAGUACAGCGACUCAGAAGACGACUCCUCUGAGUUUGACGAGGACGAGUGGUCGGAUUAACUCUUCUGCCUGCUGCCCCACUCCCUUUUUCUUUCCUUCCUACCUGCCUUCUUUGAUGCCUACCCCAGUAGUUCCGAGGGGAAAAAGGGAGGGAAGAAAGAAUUUCAAGGGGCCAGAGCCUUCCCUGAAGCAACCAAAGAUAUAUCCAAGUGCUUCCUCCAAAUCAACAUGUAUUUCUCAUCUUCCCAAGGUCAGGCCCCAUGGGGCCCCUGAGGUUCAGUAGCCGAGAUGUUCCUCUUCCCUUCAAGUGACUGUUGCAUAUUGAAGAGAAGGGAAAACCCCAAAGCAGAUCCCUUUGAUUGGGUUUAAAUUGGAAUUGGUGCCUUCCGCUAGGAGCCAUUUUGUGUGGUCUUCUUCUAGAAUCCUUGCCCUCAGCUACUUUGAAUAAUGGCAGCCAUCUUCUGGUCCUAAAGCCUGCAUGAACACAGCUGGCCCUUUUCCCAUGCACUGAGAGGGCGGAGCAGCCGCAUACCCCAGUGCCUCCCCCCUCUGCCCUCAUCAGCAGGGUGAGGCCGCCAUUUGCUAAGCCAUCUCUAUGUCUGGAUGCCCUUUAUUCCAGGAGCCGUCAAGCCCCUAAAGAAAUGUCUCAGGCCCUCUGCUCAGAAAUGAUGCCUUUCUGAAGGCUGUGGUGGUUGCCACCCUCCCAGGCUCCCUGUCCUGAACGUGGUGUUCCGUGUCCCUUAAAUGCCCGUCCCUUGCCACCAGGUGCCUCCAAGCACCACAGCCCAGUUCUAACCUCUAAUACUCAUGACCAAACUAGCCCUGACACACAGGGAUUUGGGCCUCUGCUGGCUGUCAGGAGCCAAGCUUAGAGACUGGAACUGCAGGACUGGAAAAAGGUGGAACUCCUUGGGUUGAAUGAUGCUGAAGCCUAGAGAUGGGAAGUGACUUGCUUAAGGUCACACAGUUGGCUGAUGACAGAGCUACAGCCCAGAGUUCCUGAUUCCAAGUCACCUGUGCUUUCUGGGACCAAAUAGUGGGCACCUGCUGGAGCCCAGGCAGAGCCAUAUUGGCUCUGUGCUACUCCAGACCUCAGCAUAGGUGGGGGUCCCAGUAGAAGGGCUCAGGGCCUGUGCCAGGCCUGUCAGUGCUGCUCAGACCCUCAUGGCCUCUCUCGUAGUUGUUUGCUCCCCCUUUCCUAUCACCAGGCAAGCACCUGGCCUUGAGAGCUACCCUUUGGGGGACCAGAGGUAGUGAGAGAAGGAAGGGAGUAGGCAGCGUGACAGGUGCUGCUUUCAAUUCCUCUGCAACCCCUCCCCCUUUUAUUUCCCCAAUUUAAGCAUAGGUCCUGCCAACUGUAGAAACUUCAGUCCCUCAGGCUGGCAGCCGCUGCAGGUAGCUGCCUGGGGGGGCCUGGCAGCCGUGAGGAGGGCUGAAAGGCAGGAGGACUCUGGGUCUUGUUUCCAGCUUCCCUCCUCACUGCACAGUGAGGUUCCCUCCUUCACUCCCCCUUUUUCCCAGAGCUAAUACACAGGUGCUAUUAUUCAGAAAAAAACUGGUCAGCUUUGGCCAACAGGUUUCUUCUCUUCUGCCCUAACUAUUGUGUAGCCUCUUAUGCUGAAACCGGCUUCUGGCUUCUCCGGCUUUCCGAGCCCUGAAACAAAGAGAAACAGGAUCUGUCUCUACCCAGCACAGCAAAUGGUUAUAAUAAUUGCCAAAGCCCUCAUCAACCCCUCCGGCUUGAGGAGAGUGUGUAAUCACGGGUUCUGCCGCUGUCCCCUGGCUGAACGCUCCCCCUCAGCCUUCUUUCUGUGAACUCGGGGCCUGGGGACUGAGCCUUUAGAGGCCGGCGUGCCUUCCUGCAGGGGCUGCUCCGGAGUGUGCCCUCCUUGCUCUCCGCAUGUCAGGCACCUCUGGCACAGGGCUGGCACCCGGCUCCAGUGCGGCGUGUACCCCACGGUGUGCACCCCCACCUUGCUUCCCGCCGUGCACUCUGGAAGCUGAAGGUGCUUUCUUCGGAACUUUAAAAUGGCUGUUGAAGGUGCCCCCCGGCUGCAGCCCAGCAGUGCCCACAGUGGCAGGCGGAGGGCAGUGGUUCUCCCAAAUAGGAGUCCUGGGGCCUGGCCAGGCCAGGCCAGGGUUUGGGCCUAAUGGCUUUGGCUGAAUUACUCCCAUCCCCCUCCUUUCCGGAAGAGGGGGAGCCAGCACUCCUCACUAUCAUUUUGUUCUGACCUUGAAGGGGGCGGUGUUGGCCUGGCUUCUGGAAUGGACAGAGUCCGCCUCGGAAAGGGCUGGGGGCAGGAGGAGGUGGGGAGGGGCACUGCCUGCGGAAGGUAGGAUUAGAUCAUUAGCUCAGUGACCUCCUAGGGUUUCGAUGUGCUGUGUUCUCAUCCUACAGCUGGUUUGGUAAUGAUCUGCAAGUCCCGGAGAGCAACAGCACAGCUCUGCCUGACGCUCUCAUUAAAAUCUAUGCAGCCAAGCUCGGUGCUUUGUAGCAGCCGGCCUUGCGAAGCCUCCUCAGCUUGGGGGGCUGGGGACCCAGUCAGCCGAGAGGCCCUCUGGGCUCUACUUAUGCAUAUGUACACCAAAAAAAAAAAAAAAAAAAAAAAAAAAAACUUUAAACCCAGAACCCUUUAAGAUGAUAAAGGACCCUGUGCAGGUAAUUGUGUGUCUUUGGAAUCCUGUAAUUGUAGAAUGCAAAGUUUAGUGAUUAUUUUAACUGGGCUGAGGCUGGUAAGAGAAUGGAGCAAUGGUCCCUAAGGACUCUAAAGGCUGAAGCCAAGGAGCCACCUCCCUUCCCUGUUCUGCCCAGCCCAGGGGACCUGCCCCCAUUCCUGCGACCCAGGGGCCCAGCUUCCAGUCGGCAGUGUCAGAAGUGACUUGUGGCUCUGCCUUGGUUGUGAGAUGAGUACAUUCCAAAGGAGCAGCCACGGGGAGGGGGCAGGCUCAGUGAUCCCUUGGAGGCUCAGAGCAGCUGGCCCAAGCUCCAGCUCGCCUCCAGCGGAAGCUCGAGCGCCCUCAGAAACGACCCUGGCCAAUGUCACCGCAGAGCUGAGGCAGUGUUGUCAGGGCUAAUGUGAAAUCUCUUCCCGUGGCGCCGAUCCUCCGGCUCUGCAGCGCCAGCGCAGACAGAUUGAGGUCUCUGUGGCUUUGGUGACCCUGCUUAAGCAUUCCCACCGUGUCCCAGCUCUGCUCUCAGCCUGCCUCCCACUGCAGCCCCCCUCACCUGACCUCGGGGCUUGAGGAGGAGGGCAGUGCCCCAAGGCCAGGGGCUUUUGCUCAGGAGAGAGGUCGGGCUUCUUGAGGGCAUCAGGCCUUGAGCUCUCCUGGGGUUCAGCUGACCUGGGACCAAGCGUUGCCCAGAGAUGCGCCUCAUCCUGUGCCUCAGGAAAGACUAGGGAACAAUUUUGUCGUAUUAACUUUACUCAGUUAACUCACUUGAGAAACUAACCGAUUUUUACUUUCUGUCUAGGAUGAUGUAUGUGUAGGAGAAAGAGCCGUAGUGCUCCCAAAGUGCCUUGUUUUCUCUGAUACAAAUAUAUUUAUAAGUACCUGGUCCUGUGGAUUCUUGGGUGUGUUUGCCACAUCAAGAUUUUAGGGACUGGGCUUGUUAUGUAGUGGGGUUACUGAAAAUGGGUCCCCUUCCCCUGAAGAUGAGAAAGGAGCUUGAGGUGGAGAUCUGAGCAGUGGGGUUAAGCCAAACCCCUGAAGUGAUGCUUUCCUCUUCACCCUAUUCCUCUCAGGUCCUUAGAAGGACGUUCAGUUUUUCAGGGUCCUGUACCUCCAAGCCUGAUUUCACUUGAGUCCCUGCCAGGCUCAUGUGUGUACCACAUCAACACCCCAGUGACCUGAAGAUUCUAUGUAAUUGUUUUAUGUAUACAUGCGAAUACAUAAAUGCCAACAUUUUAAAUAAUUUGAUAAAGUCUUUGUAACCACGCAGCCACCCCUGGGGUGUGUGUGUGCAUCUGUGUAUGUAAUGGAAGAAGCAGUUAGUUGGGGAGGACAUUGAUAGCCACAGGUGGUGGCCAGAGCUCCAGAGGGAGGUCGGUGUGGGUGGGCUCAGAGGGCGGGAGGCUUCUGGGUCUGGAUGGCGUACCCUGUGUGGGAGGUGGGGGAUGAAGGCCGGAAACCAUUUUGUUUUAGGAGGAGACCCAGCUGGGGGACCUAGAGGCCCUCCUCGGCUGGCUGAGAGGGGUGUUGCUGGGCCGGGGAGACUCCCGGCAUCAGGCAGGAGGAGAGCACAGGCUGAAUGCUGAUGCUGCCUCCCAGCAUCCGGCUGGCAUCGUGUCUGCCUCUCAGACCCAAGCACCUCACCUCAAAUAGAACGAUGUAUGAUGGCAAAUGAUCAAAGGUUUAGGGUGCUGCAUGCCCCUUCUCCUGCCAGGGAAGGCAGGGGGGCUGGGUUUAUAUUCUGACCCAAAAAAAUGACCUACCCAGGAAGCAGCGGUUGUUCCGAGCACAGCUGCUGCGGGUAACUGUCCCGGGGGGUAAUUUGUGAGCAGACACCCAGUUCCGGGCGCAGCAGACACAGUAGGGUGGCCCCGGGAGAGGGGUGGGAGCAGGGUUGGUGACUCGGCAGGUCAUGCCUGCUGUUCAGAGAGUCACCCACUGGCAUCCCAGGAGAAGGGGCAGAAGUUUUGAAUUGUCAGCAAGUGCUGCGCCAGCUACUCUGAGCUCAUCGCUGGAGGUGGGGGUGCAGGGGAGGGGGCGCGGGAGCCAGCUCGCCCCAGCAGAGCCCCUCGCUCCACCCUCUUGCUCAGGCCUGUGUUUAGUCAGCACUUGGCUUCCCGAGGCCGGUGACUGACAGGCAGCCAGACGCCCGCCCUGGGAGAAGACAAAAUGGUGGUGUCGGGAGCCGCCCUUGCUGGGGAAUUGGAGGGAAGGAAUGUAGUUCUGGGAAGCAGGAGGCCUGGGCUUAAAUUCCGGCUCCUUGACUUGGGAGCUUCAGCUCUUUGGGCUGAUCCUGAGAAGAAUGAGCAUUUACUGCUAACUGCCCAAGACUGCGUACACUUUAUUUCAACCUCACGAACCAAGGGUCUCCCAUUUUACACAUGAGAAAAAGAUUCCGAGAGGUUGAGUUGCCUGAGAGCACAUAGCUGGCCAGGAGCAGAGCCACAGUUCACACGUGGGUCUCGUGCUGUCCACCAUGCAACUUAAACCGUUUUCACAAUCUCUCCAUCUAGCAUCAUGGUCUUUGGUGUCAGAGGGGCCGUGUUAAAGGUUUUUUCUUAUGGUCUACCCUACCCCCUGGUGCCCAGUUUUAUAGGUGAUAAUUAUUUUUGCUCUUGCUUUGAAAUCAAGUGAGCUGGACUGAGGGCUCAGCUAUCCUAGACCUUUAGAGUUAGAGGUACCCUGUACCCUCAGCUGCCUGGAACAAAGUGGGCUCCCUAGGUAUGGGCUGGGGCUUCCGACAGAGACACCUUCAGUACAUGCAUACACUUGGUCAGAUGCGCGCAUCUGUGCACAGUCAGACACGGAUACAGGCUGAGACAGGUGCACACACUGCACAGAGUCCUAUCCUUGUGCAAACAAGGGCGCAGAUCAGGACACAGUUAUAGGAACACACAAAAGCACAAGCAAACCUCAUACAAAGUCCUCAGGAGCCACCCCUCCCUUCGUGCUGCCUCCAUCAGUUCCUCACUGCCCCCUCCUGGCCACCCAGUGGCCCGGGAAACCUGGCACCACUUCCUGUAAGUUCUUCUCUGGGGUAGUUGUCAGCUAGUUCCCUCCUUGAUCAAGCGGCUAGGAGCUGUUUCAGGUGCUCACCAAAGCCAGCCUUAGCCCCAGGAGAAGAGGUGUCUAGUUGGGGGUCUGAAGCUGGAGGACAAAAAAAUAAGGCUUUCACACCCAAAAGAAUCUCUUCAUGGUAGAAUUGUUGGUACUAUGAUGGCAGGAGUCCUGCAGAGACACCCUCCCACCACACCGGGCAGCCAUCCCCACACUUACCUGGAGAAUUGUGCACACACCUGCUCACGCUCUUGGCAUAUGUUAUUUAAAGAAGAGCAGAUUUCCUGGCUGAGAAGUCACAGGUUAGAUCUAGCUCCCACCUUGCUGCCCCUCUCUGGGCCUCAGCUUCCUCCACUAUUCAAUGAGGAGUUGACCAGGAUUAUGUAUGCUAUGUCCCCCGCCCCCAGCCCCAGCGUCUCACUAUCUUGGGAAAUAACAGUAAAGCACUUCCAUCAACAUGACCCCACGGACUCCUCAGGCCAGUCCUGGAAGGAUUACCAACACAAAGCUUUAUAUGCCUAUUUUAUAGUUGAGGAAGCAAGCACAGAGAGGUACAGCAACUUGUCCAAAGUCACACAGCAAGUUGACAGCAGGCAUGGAAAUAGAAACCCUCUUCUUUCCAAAUGCCCCAGGCUGCCUGCAAGAAGGUAGAACACCCUGUGGGCUUGGGCCCAGAGCCAAGGAGACAAGAACUACAGAAGCAAAAGCCAGAACCCUUCUGUCCAGGAGCCCUGAAGGCUGAGGAGAACCCAGAGGAAGUACCAGGCUUAGGCAUUAGGCAACUCCCACCCCCGCCUAUAGACUGCAGGAACCUCAAGCUCUCUAUUCCUCUGCAAAGCCAGUGGCUGGCUAUGGGGGUUCUCCCUAUUCUGCAGCUACUUGGUCGUUCAUCAAAGUAGGCACACACUUGAGUGGUGUGUGUGUGUAUGCCCGGACUCCACAGGUGUCCACGCACAGGUGUGGAUGUAUGUUCUUGCAUGCCUACAAGUAUACUUAGGUGUAUAUUCAUAAGCAUGUGUAACAUGUAAAUUAAUGUGUUUGCAAGCCUGUAUACAUGUGAUGCAUUUGCGUGUUUAGGUGAAUUGUGUUUGGAUGUACAUACGUAAAUGCUCUCUGCGUAUCUGGCAAGUGAAUUUAUGAAUGUGUAAGAUUUUGCUUAUAUGCUUAUUGGGUUUGUUCAUGAGUGUACUUGGUUGUGUGCAAACGUUCACGUGCACUUGUGUGAAGAAGCGGGGUGGAGCAUGUCCACCCACAUGACUGGUAAAUGUGCGUAGAAGUGCAUGCAGGGAAGGCUCAGGUGACUGGGUGCACGUGAAUCCUAGAGUGCCCUCCCCCGAGAAUAUGAUUCCAGUGCCCCCACAGCCCUGGUAUAGGGGUGCCCUGCCUGGCUCCAGCCAGGCACUGAGCUCGUAGCACCCCCACCCUGCCUCGCACUCUAUUCCCCAGCCCCAUCCUGCUUGGCCAAUUUGCAGGCUCUCGCUCCCAGCUCCCGAGAAGGCCUGCAGCAAAGUCAAGGGGCUGGUGGCCAAUUAGUGAUGGGGUUAAUCAGGGAUCUGGGGACCCCCCGGGGGGCGGGAAGCCAAAGGCAGGCAUUGGGGUUGGCAGGAGCAGGAGCUGCCUGUCAUGAGGCUGGGGGAGGGGCGGCUGAGCCAGCAGGAUGGUGCUGGAAUCCAAGGGUCUGCCUGUGAAUUCAUGGCUACUGAGCACUGAUGGUGAGGAGCCUGUGUGACUGUGUGUACACUAUGUGCAAAAGAUGAGUACGUGCACUCAAGUCCUGUAUGCGGAUGUACAUGCAUGCCUGUGGAUGCCAGCUGUAUGCACAUGUGCGGUUUUGUGCCUGUAUGUAUGUGGAUGUGCAGUGGUGUGCAGAUGGGUCUGGGUAUGCAAGCAUGUCUGGGCCUGUGUGCACACGUGUGUAUAAGGGCAUGUGUGUGUACAUGUGUGUGCAAGGGCGGUACAUGCCUAUAAGUAUGUGCUUCUGCAUGCAGACGUGCGCAGGAAGUUGGCAUGGUCUGUGUACAUGUGUACAUGAUAGAUCUGUGUGCACAGGUGUGUGUACUAGUGUGCAGGUACGUCUAGGUAUACGUGCAUGUAUGUGUGUUCUCUGAACAACCAGGAACCUGGACCCCCACAUAUGUGCCCGCAUGCGCACAGGCCUCAGUGUGUAGGGAGCUGGGGGACGUGGGGCUGGCGGGCUCCAGGCUCUAGGAGAUGAUCUGACAGACGAGACUUGCCGCAGCCCCCGGCCCCGGGAGCCUGUUUUCCAGCCUGCAGAAGCUGUGAGCCCGUGAACUCAUCUUAUAUUAAUAGCUGCUGUCUCCUCACUUAUUGAAGGGAGAGGCGGUCAUGGCCCUGGCGGGGGCUGCCCCCCUCCCCUACACAGGACCUGGGAAGAAGGGGAGGAGACGUGGGCCCCACCCCCACCCCAAGGCCUCGGGGCAGGAAGGCAGGGUUCUGGGCUGUAGCCUUUGACUCCCCCAAGCCAGGGAGCCCCCACUGCCUCACCCUCCCAGGCCUCUAUAACUGGGUGGGAUCAGGCAUGGGGCUGGACCACUGGCAAAGGCAGAGAGGCUGGAAGGCUUGGCUACUCCCCUCCCCGAAAAACACACAGGCAGGCAGGCAGGCAGGCAGGCACACAGGCAUGUGGCGCUGAGCAGCUCCAUGCAGAGCACAGAUGAGUCUGAAGCUGAAAGAGACAUAGAAGGCUUCAAUUUCAGGGAGCAGACAUGUCCCUUCUCUCAGGAACCCUCUGUUGGAGGGGAGACACAGCCUUCAGGGGCCCCCGUUCUGAUGGGAAGGCAAGACUUCUCUAUAAAUCUUUACUAAGAAGCGUAGCAAGGUGUGUUGUAUAAACUGCAUCUUCACAGCCACAGGCGGGCUUAGCCAAGGAGGCUCUCUGGAGGAAACACAGAGUGGGGGUACAGGGAAGACCUGACGUGUAUCUGCACACUCCCAGGAGCAGGGAGAAGCCAUCUAGCCCCACCACACAUACAGGCCCCAACCCGGGGCCAGAUUCAGACACCCUCAGGGUGGGCCCAGGACCCAAGGCAGAGACUGUCGAUGCAGGCUCCCAGAAAUGUCUCAGAUGCACCCCACAACCACACCCAGAAAAGACAGAGGACUUGCAGCAUGAGGGUCCAUCGCAGGCUCUCACACGUGAGGCUGGCCGCCGUUCGGCCCUGCUGGCUGCUGGAGCUGGAAACCAGGAUGGGAAGCACAGGGCCAAGCCCACCCGGGGCAGGACAAGCACCUGGCCCCGCUCCUUCUGGACCUUGGUCGGUGGUCCUUGGGUGUGUGGCAGAGGCAGCAAAGAGCCCUGUCCCUACACCGGCCCUCCCAAAGGUCUAGGGGUAGCCUGGAGGCCCCCAGAUUUUCCCUAGCCUGAGGACAGGGCUCCCUGCUCUGGUUUCCUUGCUUGCUGUUUCUGAACUGCCCCUGAAACCCAUUCCCUCACCUAGGAAAGCAACAGAUUUGGAGUCAAGUGGACCUGGGUUCAGAUCUCAGCUCAACUCUUUACUAUGUGACUUUAGGCAAAUCAAAUGUCACCUUCAGUAAGGCCUGUUGGGGACACCCUCAUUUAGAGAUUACAUGUGCUCCCUGUGCCCCUUUUCUGUUUUUCUCUGAGGACUCAUCAUUCUCUGACAUUCCCCUAUUUUAGCUUAUCUCUUUAUUAUUGUCUCCUAAGCUGCCCACAAGGACAGCAGUGAAUAAAUGAAAACCCAUUACUCUCAGAGCCUCAACUGUCUCUUCUGUAAAGUGGGGAGAGCAAUAGUACCACCCAAUGGGCCAUAGCGAUGUCGUGUGAGAUGUUUGGCAUAGGACAGGUGAUUCCUGAGUGGGGGUCUUUUCCCAGGGAACUUCCAGGAAGAUGGGGAGAGAGAGAAGCCUCAGCCGGACCUGGUGGACCCUCCCCACUUUGUGCCCGGACUGGAGCUGUGUGUAACUAAGCCCAGGCCGGCCCUCCGCCAGCUCUGAUCCAGUCCCUGCUGGCGUGUCCACUCCCCUUGGAUUCCUGUGGCUACUGCUGGGAAGGGGUCUUGAACACCAGACAAAAAUCUCUGGCCAGGGAAAUGGAGGAAGACCAGAGUCCCAGUCUGGCACAGCUGUGUGAGUUUGAGCAAGUGGCUGUUCUUUGGGCCUCAGUCUCCCCAUCUGUACAAUGCAGAUGCUCUGAGGGCCCCACCUCCAGGCUUUUUUUUUUUUUAAUUAAAAAAAGUUGUUUAUUUGGUUGCACUGGGUCUUAGUUGUGGCAGGCAGGCUCCUUACCUGCAGUAUGCAAACUCCUUUUUUUUUCCUUAGGUUUAUUUUAUUUAUUUAUUUUUGGGCUGCAUUGGGUCUUCAUUGCUGCACAUGGCGAGAGUUAUGGCGAGAGGGAGCGACUCUUCGUUGCAGUGCGCAGGCUUCUCAUUGUAGUGGCUUCUCUUGUUGCGGAGCUCGGGCUCUAAGCAUGCAGGCUCAGUAGCUGUGGUUUGCGGACUCUAGAGCACAGGCUCAGUAGUUGUGGCACAUGGGCUUAGUUGCUCCGUGGUAUGUGGGAUCUUCCUGGCCCAGGGCUGGAACCUGUGUCUCUUCCAUUGGCAGGCAGAUUCUUAACCACAGCGCCACCAGGGAUGCCCCAGUGAACUCAAUUGCAGCGUGCAUGUGGGAUCUAGUUCCCUGGUCAGGGCUCAAACCCUGGCCCCCUGCAUUGGGAGUGCAGCGUCUUAACCACUGUACCGUCAGGGAAGACCCCCGCCUCCAGGCUCUGCCCACCCAGGAAGAUGCAGGGUUUGGGUAGUCAGAGAUUUCUCAGCCACAUCCCAAACCUGCUCCUGCCCUUGCCUAGUGAACACAUCUUUUCUGGUUCCAAAACACCGCAAUUCAAGGUCCUGCACACUUAAUAUCCUCAAAUCCGCACAAGGGCACAGGCACACACUUACCAUCACUCACCUUUGCAUAGAAAAAAAGCUCUUCCAGCUCCUGAAUGAGCAGACCGCAUCCAACCACCUCCCAAAAUGUGGCUGCUGGCUCUGAGAAAGAACCCCAACACACAUCUGAGUCCAGAAUGUCUUAAGCCCUAGGCUUAGGAAGGUUGGAGGGGAGGGCCCAUUGGCCAGUAGACAGUGCACAGGUUCUGG